UUGUUGGUUUCUGAUUUUUCAGUUUCUUCUCAUCCAGAUUCAUUUCCAGGUUGCUUGAUUUCCGAUUUUUGCACCAGUCUCAGUAUUACCACCAGGGAUAAGCCAGUCAAACAUGAGGCUGUCUCAAGCUCAUCGGGGCCUGCUGGGCCUACCACUGCUACUACCACUACUGCUCCCCACCAAGCUCAUCAACUCACUCCAAACCCAACACCCACUCAUCCUCCAACCCAGACCAGACUCAGCCCUAGCUGCCUCCGACUAUCUUACCAACAACUCCUCCAGCUUCUACCCGCUCCUACCACCUGCCAUCCCGCUUGCGGUCAAAUCACCCUAUCUCUCGGCCUGGCUUGCAACAGGACAGGAGGGCGGUAAUGGCGGAUAUCUCGCUGGUCGAUGGGCCCAAUUCUGGCCGAUCCAAUUCCCACAGAACCCGUUUGCUUACAGGCUAGGAUGGGCAGGACUCAUCCAAGUCAACGGGGAAACCUACGAGUUUAUGGGGCGCCCCAACGAGGAUUUCAUCGGAAACCGGCACCGUCGAGCCACCCAACGAGGCUUCCGAUACACCUCCAGCAGGAGUAUCUUCGAAUUUGAAGCCGCUGGGAUCCGCUUCCUCGUCACCUUCUUGAGCCCAAUCGCCCCAGAAGGCGACCUCCUCCGACAGAGCUUGCCCUUCAGUUAUCUGGCUGUCGAGCUCAUCGAAGAUACUCUCAAGCAUACCGACCGAAUCUCCGUUUAUACCGACAUCCAGGCCGAUUGGGCCUCGGGUGACCAUAGCGUUAAUGCUACUUGGUCCAUCGAUCAUUUCAAUCAUUCGGUUGCCUAUAAGCUCGGCCGGAAAGAUCAGCUCAAGUUCGCCGAACAGUAUGAAUACGCAGAGUGGGGCCAAGUGAUCUACGCUACCAAAAAGGUUUCGGGCCUGACCACAGCAUCUGGUGUCGCAUCUCAACUUCGAUCCCAUUUUGUCAGUCACGGCAAAUUAAAUGGGGAUCAAGAUGAAGAAUACCGCAAGAUAUCAGAUCAGACCGCUGGCUUAGGAUUUUCGCUCCCGCUGACCCGGAACAACAAAUCUGUCGUCUUCGUGAUCGGACACGUCCGAGAUCCAUAUGUCCAGUCGAUCGAGAAAGCCAACCGACACCAUCCAGAGGGCAAGCUGUGCGAAAAGUGGGGCUAUUGGAGGAGUGUAUUCAACCAGACCGACGAGGCCAUCGCAUUCUCCCUGAAGGAUUAUCCUGCAGCCGUUCGCUAUGCGGACUUCAUCGACAAGAAGAUCGAGGACGAUGCCCGCAAACUAGGAGGCGAUGAUUAUGUGGCGAUCGCUAGUCUCAGCGCCCGUCAGGCUCUCGGUGCAAUGGAACUUACGAUCGGUAAAGACGAAGAUGGGAACUACGAUUCUAAUGAUGUAGCCGCAUUCCUCAAGGAAAUCUCGAGCAACGGCGACAUGAGUACUGUCGAUGUCAUCUUUCCCCAAUUCCCGGCGCUCGCUUAUCUUGACCCUCAACUGUUGAAACUACUACUCGAGCCGCUUUUCAAGUAUAGUCAAAGCGGGUUAUACCCCAAUCGAUGGACCGUUCAUGACUUAGGUCGAUAUCCAAAUGCGACAGGCCAUAACGACGGUAGAGAUGAGCCGAUGCCAGUAGAAGAAGCAGGAAACAUUCUAAUGAUGGCACUCGCGUACUACCAACUAACAAAUGACGACGAAUGGCUAGUGAAGCACUAUGUGAUCCUGAAACAAUGGGCCGGGUUUUUAGUCGAUGACGGACUGAUCCCAGCCGAGCAGUUAUCGACGGACGACUUUGCAGGGACGUUGGCCAACCAGACCAACUUGGCUCUGAAGGCGAUCGUCGGGAUCGGCGCGAUGGCUGAGAUCGCGCACAAGAGCGGCUACAAAGAGGAGGGCGAGAGCUUCAGAAAUAUUGCAGAGCAGUACGUCGAUCAUUGGAUCGGCUUCUCUCUCAGCGAGAGUCGCAAUCACACUAAACUCGCAUAUCAACUCCACGACUCUUGGGGAACACUCUAUAAUUUGUUCGGAGAUCGGCUCUUGAAUCUGAAACUGAUUCCAGAGCGAAUCUACCGCAUCCAAGAUGAUUUCUAUCCGUCCGUCGCUAACCAAUUCGGAGUUCCAUUGGACAGUCGCCAUACUUGGGCAAAAACGGAUUGGCAAAUGUUUGCCGCUGGCGCUGCAGUGACGAUCCAAACACGAGACCUGUUCAUGAACAAAUUGGUCGAUUUCCUCAAGGCGAACAAAGUCAAUGCCGGGUUUCCUGACCUUUAUGAGACUGAAACAGCUGAAUUCCCCGGCCGAUCUAAGACUUCGACUUGGAGGAUUGAAUUCAUCAACAGGCCGGUUUCCGGGGGACAUUUUUCGAUCUUGGCGUUGGACCGAUUGAACAAGGCCAAUGGGGUGACCAAGUUCCCGUUCCAUAACCGUCACCGUCAUCCUAGCCGUGCCACCACCUCGAUCCCACCCGUCUAUCGAUCUGAACUUUGGGCUAAACUUUGCAUUCCUUGGCUCGUUGCUAUGGUCUUCCAUCAGCUCUUCCUGGCUUGAUCUCUAGUUUUUGUUCGCUCUUAUCGCCACUGCUCUUGCUUGCUUAUAUCCCUGAUUUGUACGCAUGUUCCAUCUCGUCACUAUCUGGCUUGUUUCAAAAUCCUCAAAAGGUUCAAAAUUGUUUGCGUCUCUUCCUGCUUUUAUGUCUGUGUCAAGAUCAAGAUCAAACUGCUAUAUAUCCACUCCUCAACAUACACGUAUGUAUAGCUCUUUUGAGUGCUUUCUGGCCUCUUAGUUCAUUACCAUAUAGUUCACUAGCAGUUCAAGCAUAAAUGACCAUCCAGACGCAUACUUGCUGUUC